AUCAUUAUAUAAGGUUUCAAAAAUCAAAAUCAAAUUAUCAAGUUUAUGGCAACUCAAAGAAACCAGUACACGGAAUUUCUCUUUGUGAAUGUUCCACUAAAAAGGAAAAACAGCUUGCAUAUGAAGGAACUGCGUAGUUGAGGGGGGAAAAAACACUAGAUUCCUUGAUUGUUUUCUUUUCUUUCUUUUGGAAUUGGAAUGGUUAUUGGUACGUGGAAAUAUUCUGUACAUUUCUUGUCUAAAAGCCUUUUGAAGGUUGUUCCUUUAAGAGCAUAAGGAAAAGAGAGACACAAAAUGCUUGAGGUUUGGCUUUCUCUCAAGAAGACACUUCAAUGCAAACCACACCCAAAUCAAGUUCACGAUCCAAAGACAAUUAGGUUGCAAAAGGGUAAUCAGAGAACAAAGUCAGGUAAUCUUGAGAGUUCAAACACCAAAGAUUUCAUCCAAGGAAGCAAAAGACACUUAAAAAAUCAACCAAGUUUCAAAGGGGACAUUGACAUCACUCAUCCCAUUACACAUGAAAUUGUUCUUGAUAGGUCAAACAGUAAAAUUUGUCGAUGUUGUCCUUGUCCACAAAGCAGUAGCGAUAGUAAAGGUUCGGAGGGUUCUCAUAGAACAGGAAGGUUAGCUACAUCUUCAAAGAUAACCAAGUCUCUUGAUUACAAUGAAGCAAGUGUUUCCUCCAACACAAGGAUGUUGGUUCAGAUGGACUCUGAUGGCUUUUCAACAUUGACAUGUCAUAAAUGUGGAGAGAAAUUAAAAAAUCUUGAUGCUGUAGAAGCACACCAUAUCUCCGAGCAUUCAGUCACUGAACUUGAAGAAGAUUCAUCUAGACAGAUUAUAGAAACAAUAUGUGGAACAAACUCCGUUAAUUCUGAAAACAUGUUGGGGAAGAUUGAUUGCAUCUUAAAGGUUCUGAACAUACCAAAAACCUUUGCUUGCUUUGAGGAAUAUAGAGAAAUGGUGAAAGAUAAGGCUGAUAAGCUACAAAGGAAACACCCUCGUUGUGUGGUUGAUGGAAAUGAACUUUUAAGGUUCCAUGGCACAACUAUUGCAUGCUCUCUUGGCAAAAACAGUUCUUAUAGUCUAUGCACUUUAGACUACUGUGGUAUAUGUCAAAUUCUGAGACAUGGUUUUUCCACCAACAAGGAAUUCCGAGGUGCAUUGGGGGUUUACACCGCUUCCACAAGUGGGAAAGCCUUUGAUUCCAUUUCCAUUAUGACAUCACAUGAGAGACCCUUUCCAAGAAAAUCUGUCAUAGUAUGCAGAGUAAUAGCUGGGAGAAUUUAUAGUCCUAUUGAAGAAAUUGAAGAAAAGGUUGAUUCAGAGUUUGAUUCAUUGGCAGAAAAAACAAGUGGUUAUUCAGAUGUUGAAGAACUCUAUGUGUUAAAUCCCAAAGCCUUGCUUCCUUGCUUUGUGGUAAUUUUCAAGCAACAAACAGCUAAGACUAGAAGGUUCAACUCGAGUUUCAGGAUAAGUAGCUUUUAGCACCAAGGUUCACGUGUUAAAGUAGUGAUUCUUCUCAAAUAUUUUAGAGAUUCCAUAUAUUUUAUUUGCUCGUGAUGCAUUUAUAAAGCACCAUUCAAAAUCUGUAUAACAUUCUAGCCAGUUGGAUUAACAGUAUUUUUAGCCGUUGCAGGCUAGAAACAAUAACAUAUAUUCAUUGAUAUUACGGUUAA